UGUUGAAAGUGGUGUCAUGGCAUCAAAGAAGUGAAAGCUGUCUGGGUGCCUUAACAGGUGGCAGACCCAGCACGGGACCUUCUGGGAGGUGACCCUCUUGCUGAAGGAGGUGUCCCUGGGUUCUGUCCUCACAUUUCUUCCUGCUCUCAGGAAGAAACAGUGUAUGAGGCAGCCAGGUGUCCUGACUGUGUGUUUCGGGGGCAUCUUUCUUCAUAGCUCCACUUGAGUCAUCCUAAAUGCUGUUACGGCAGGCAGAAAAAUCUCUGCCCUCGGGGUAAAUGUGAGGAUGAGAAAGAUUUGUGAUUAGUUCUCUUGGCGUGACACUCCCUCUCCCACAGCUCUCGCAAACUGCGCCACAGGACCCGUGUGAGCUGUGUUCUUGCUGGGGCUUGGAUGGCAUUGGCAAGGCCCCAGGGCUGGAGGGGGUGACUCUCUGCAAGGCCGAGCUUUCUCAGCCGCUUUGGUCUGUGUGUGGGUGGACUGAUAAGCAGAAGUGAGGAUGAGCAGGGGCAGCUGCUGGGUGGAGACAGCCCUGAGCAGAGAGUGCCCUCGGUGGGACACAGCAUACCGGGAAAUGGGCUGCUUUGGGAUAAGGGAGAUAGCAGCUGCUGGUUCCAAAGCCAGUGGGUUUGGGGUUGUUUUUUUGCGAAGCAGCCGAUGUCCCCAGACUGCGUGUUGACUAAUCCUGUGAUUAGAAGUGACAAUUGUCACUGUAGUGUUCUGCUCAUAGUGCUAUCAAAUCUGGUAAGUGGUUCAUUGCAGCCUAGUUCACUAGUGGAGCAUGAGGCAUUGGAAAGUCUCUAAAGAAAGGCUGGAGGUCUUUUUAACAGCUUCUGAAGUUUGGUGGGAACUGCAAAAUGGAGGGAGUCGGCCAGUCCCUUCUGACUGGCAAAGUUUGGAGGAGUGAGGACAGACCUUGCUAAUUACUCUUCUGCCUUGGCCCUUUCCCAUUAUGAAUCCAGGGGGAAUGCUCAGCACAGCUUUUUUGGCUCCCGCUUAUUGUUCCAACCUCGUUCUCCUUUUGAAACUCCCAGAAGAGUUGUCCAAGCGUACGCAUCUUAUCAGCACCGCACAAAGGGAAGGAGAAGCUCAGCAGCGUGGACUUUGUCUGUCUGUGUGGCUUGGGGCAGCUGUGACAGGCUGCUGCUGUAUCGUGCCACACUGCACCGAGUCGUGGGAGCGCUUAGAAUGGGGCACGCAGGUGCUGAGAAGAUGGCCUCCCCAGGUGCCCCAGGGACCCGCAUGACCUCCACAGUCAGCAUCAACAUUUCUACCCCCUCCUUCUACAACCCACAGAAGAAGUUUGCACCUGUGGUUGCCCCCAAACCCAAGGUGAACCCCUUCAAGGCUGGGGGUGCGUCAGAGUCGUCGCUGCCCCCACCUCCUGGUCCUGGUGCCCAGCGUGCUCAGAUAGGGAAGGUGGGGGAGAUUCCAUUACCACCCACGUCCCUGCUGGCAGAAGACCUGCCGCUGCCACCUCCUCCUCCACCUGGGGAGGAUGCAAGCUUCUCCUCAAACUGUGCAUUUCCACCACCCCCACCACCCUUUGAAGAACCUUUUCCACCAGCCCCAGAAGAAGCUUUUCCUUCUCCUCCUUCUCCGCCUCCUCCUCCUCCACCAAUGUUUGACGAAGGACCUGUGAGCAAGGUUCCUGCCCCACAGGUACGUGGCAAGAUGAGCAGCGUUGAUCUUGAGAUUGAUUCACUGUCUGUAAUGUUGGAUGACAUGGAGAAGAAUGACCCCUUCAAAUCCCGGAUAACUCCAGGAUCCACAGGCUCUCUGGAGAAACCAUUGGCCCCAAAAGCCCCUGCGGAAAUACCAUCUGCACCCAAAGAUACUCCUCCUUCCUUUCCUCCCAAGUUCACACCAAAGCCAAGUGGAAGCUCAUCUUUCAAGCCCCCUGGGGUGGAUUUGAACCCCACUCCAACCCCAUGGGCAGCCCCACAGCAACGCAAGGAGCCCCAAGCACCAGCUCCUCCACCCCCCUCUCUCCCUUCUGCUCAGCCCACCCCUAAGUUCUCCCCAUCGCCUGCUGCUGGCUCUCCUAAGUCUGUGUCCAAAUCAGGUGACAGUGUUCCAGUGGCUCCCUCAAAUUCUACAAGAUACCCUACCUCCCUUCAGACUCAGUUCACAGCCCCUUCACCUUCAGGCCCCUCCUCUCGACCACAGCACCCCAGUUUCACCUAUGCCCAGCAGAGGGAAAGACCCCAAGUGCAGGAGAAGCCACGCCCGACAGAACAGCCUGCUGCUGCAAAAGACACGCAUAGACCCACAGGUUCCAGUGCAGAUCCACCUAGGGGGAAUUCCUGCCUGACAAUGAAGGAGGUAGAAGAGCUGGAGAAGUUGACCCAGAAACUAAUGAAGGAUAUGGAGCAUCCACCCCCAGCAGAGGCUGCAACUUCUGAGCUCUGCGGCUUCUGCCGGAAGCCGCUGUCACGAACCCAGCCAGCUGUGAGGGCCCUGGACCGCCUCUUCCACGUGGAAUGCUUCACCUGCUUCAAAUGUGAGAAGCAGCUGCAGGGGCAGCAGUUCUACAAUGUGGAUGAGAAGCCCUUCUGCGAGGACUGCUAUGCUAGCACCUUGGAGAAGUGCAGUGUCUGCAAGCAGACCAUCACAGACCGGAUGCUGAAGGCCACUGGUAACUCAUACCAUCCCCAGUGCUUCACCUGCGUGAUGUGCCAUACCCCUCUGGAGGGGACCUCUUUUAUUGUGGACCAGUCCAACCAGCCUCACUGUGUGGAUGACUACCACAGGAAGUAUGCUCCACGCUGCUCAGUCUGUAGUGAACCUAUCAUGCCAGAGCCUGGAAAGGAUGAGACUGUCCGUGUUGUUGCGCUGGAGAAAAAUUUCCACAUGAAAUGUUACAAGUGUGAGGACUGUGGGAAGCCCUUGUCCAUUGAAGCAGACGAGAAUGGGUGCUUUCCUCUGGAUGGGCACGUGCUGUGUAUCAAGUGUCACACCGUCCGUGCAAAAACGGCGCGCUGAGGAGCUCGGAGGGGGCAUUCCCUCGAGACCCUGCACUCAAUACUCCCCUCCCUGCUGUUGUCCUACCCCUCUGCCUGACAGGGCAGACUGCUACCAAUGGAGACUAUGCCAGCGCAGUUUUUUACUCACGUAGGAUUCACUGCUCCUAGACUUCACUCUGCACACCCACCAAGAAAAGAGCUCUUCUCCUGUCACUGUUUCCUGGCCACAGUGUAUUCCAGGCUGGGGGCUGUGAUCAAGGUGAGUGCACAAUCGCUGUUCCCUCAAGACUCUGGAGGAGAAAGAUCAGACCUCCACCACCGCCUGGUGGAAGAAGCAAGAAAGACCUGGUGGCAGGUGCUGGGAAGGGCUGAGAGCAUCCUGCAGUUCCAUGGAGCCAAGAACAAUGAUUUAACUUGAGAAGGUGGAAGCCUGCAUCUCGGCACCACUUCUGUCUUUCGUUUUGUAUCUUGUGACAUCUCAUUAUCAGGAUGUUUUACUCUGCCUGCUCCCUCACCUGGGUUAGAGUGUGGAGGCAGAAAGUAGUGGGAAUCUGUUACUGUUGCUGGAAAAAGCUAACCUGCUAUAGCUUUUCUGUCUCUAAUGGAUUUUACUGAUUAACUGUCUUGUCAUUUUUUUUCCUUAGCCAGAUUAAACUGGCAGUGUUUGAAAUACUACUCUGUUUCUGAGUUUGGAAACUUUUUUUUUUUAAAAAAAAAAAUCUUUUUCCCUUCCCAAGAUGAAUUGUUUCCCAGUACGGUUUCUGGACAGCCAGGCUGGGAACCAGAGUAGCAAAGCAGUCCAAAGAAUGCAUGUUUACAAAUAAAGACCGUCAUAAGGACGGGCAGCACAUGGUGAGGAGGCGUCUCAGUGCGUGGAUGAGGAUUCAGCAGACUGAGGAACGUCUCCUGUUCCAGCAGGGUUUCUUUCACUGCUGUCAGUGAAAGCUGCAGUGUAUUUGCAAUGUACUGUCUGGCUCCAAGUGUUACUGCACUGAGCCCCAUUUCCUGGACUAGAAACUGUCUCAAACUGAACCAACCCUUUAAAUAACAACACUGUCCAACCACUGUUUGCAUUCAAUAAAAUGUGUGGUUUUUUCCAUUAA